AGCUUAAAGCUAUGGUAUGGAGUCUAUGGACCCGGCUACCCCACGCGCUCUUGCUUUUUCCAUGGCUUUUGUGCUGAGACUGCUACUCCCGUGAUUCUUUCCAUGGAUGCUCAAUUCAUGCCAACCGAGGCCUCAGCAGCCACCCCCACCGGUGCCGGAAGUAAGCGGCGCCACCACAGUCAUCAGCCGGUGCCGCAUCAUCUCAAGCCCUCCGCCGGAGAAACACUCUUCAGAAUCCUCUGCCCAGCGACAAAGACCGGCGGCGUCAUCGGCAAGGGCGGGGCCAUCAUCCGCCAGUUCCGCGAGGAAACCGGCUCCAAAAUUCGCAUCGAUGACGCCGUUCCUGGCUGCGAUGAGCGCGUCAUCCUCAUCCUUGCUCCCGACUCCAUCAGGAAAGAUAGCUCCUCCACCACCUCUACUACCACCACCGCCACUGCUUCCAAUUCUAGUAAUAAUAAUGGCGAAGCUGCUCCGGAUGUUCAAGAAUCGGCCAGCGCAUACACGGGCGCGAGCGAGGACGAUGGGUCACCGGCACAGAAGGCUCUGGUUAGGGUUUUUGAAAGAAUAUUGAGGGUUGAUGAGGAGAGGAGUCAGGGCGAGGGGAAAGAGAAUAAGGAAGAAGCCGGUAUACAGGGGUUAGUGUUGUGUAGGUUGUUGGCUGGGAGUAAUCAGGUGGGUUGCGUGCUUGGAAGGGGAGGGAAGAUUGUGGAGAAGAUUAGGCAGGCAAGUGGAGCACAGGUUAGGAUUUUGCCCAAGGAUCAUAUCCCAGCGUGUGCUUCCUCCGGGGAUGAGUUGAUACAGAUAACAGGAAACUUCCCAGCAGUAAAGAAGGCACUCCUGUCUGUUUCAAGUUGUCUUCAAGAUAACUCUAGAGUAGAUGUAGCUACUUCUGCUGCUAUGAAAUCAUCGGGGGCAGCCCUUCAUGGAACUGGUAUGCCUGCACUGGUGGACCCAUUUCCUCAACGUAAUUAUGGAGCUAGUCUCCAGUCUACAGAUUACCGUUCCAGGGUUUAUUCUUCUACUCCAGGGCCUGAGAAUUUUGUAUCCAACUACAGAAUGGCAGUGGAGGAUGAGGUUGUAUUUAGGUUAUUAUGUCAAGUGGACAAAGUUGGCAGUUUGAUAGGGAAAGGUGGAUCUGUUAUACGGGCUUUGCAAAGUGAGACUGGUGCUUCUAUCAAGAUUGCUGAUGCCGCACCUGAUGCAGAUGAGCGGGUGGUUGUGAUAUCUGCACGAGAGAAUUCAGAGCAAAACCGUUCUCCAGCACAAGAUGCUGUUAUUCGCGUUCAUUGUCGAAUCGCUGAGGUUGGGUUUGAACCUGGUGCUGCAGUUGUUGCUAGGCUUCUUGUACAUGCACAACAGAUAGGUUGUUUAUUGGGUAAGGGUGGUUUCAUUAUUGCUGAAAUGAGAAGAGCUACAGGUGCUAGUAUACGUAUCUUUGCAAAGGAACAAGUCCCAAAGAGUGGUGCUCUGAAUGACGAAGUUGUGCAGGUCAUUGGCAGCUUGCAUUCUGUACAGGAUGCUUUAUUUCAUAUUACAAGCAGGCUUAGGGAGACUAUAUUUCCAGGGAAACCACCCUUUUCCAGUGUGAAUGGUCCACCCUACUUGGCUCCUUUCCCAGAUAUGCCCCCUCAGUUCAGGCCUAGACAUGAUCCAGCCUCCCCUGGUCACAACCCUUCUCCAGUUGGACACUCUCGUGGAGCUGAUCGUUCUGCUGUUUCAGCCCAACCUCUUGAUCACCAUAAUGCAUUUACACGUGGCGUGGACCAUAUAGGUCUAUCUAAUUUGGAAGGAGUUCCUUACUCUUACGGCACUGAGAGACCAAUGCAUGGGCUUACUUUUGAUCGGCCAUCCUCUCCUAGAUCAUGGACACCUCGGGCACACAAUGUUGGGAACUCUGGGGAAGCUGCGGAUGUUAGUUCUGUCUUGUCUUCAAGAAAUGGGCCUAAUGGAAGUGGAGGUCUGGCUCCCGUUUCGACAAGCACGACUGUUGAGAUUGUCAUUCCUCAAGCAUUGUUGAACCAUGUUUAUGGAGAGAAUAGUAGUAAUCUGAGUCAGAUCAGGCAGGUCUCGGGUGCAAAGGUACUGGUUCAUGAUCCAAAGUCUGGUGCAACGGAAGGUAUGGCUGUAGUAUCGGGAACACAGGAUCAAACACGAGCAGCCCAAAGCCUUAUUCAAGCCUUCAUCCUUUGUGGACGUACGUCUUGAACAUCUGUUAGGCGAAUGGGAAAUUAACUGAGAUAUGGAAUUAUUUGUAUUCUUCCCAUGUGAGAUCACCGGAGAAAAGGGUAAGGCAAAGAAAACAGGGUAGAAAUAGGCAGUGACUAAUUGUAGAAUUUGUAUUAAAUAGAUUUAUUGAUCCUUUUUGUUAUACAGUUUGCUGAGAGAAGCACUGUCUAUCAGUUCUUUCCAAACCUCUUUCCUUUCCAUUUCAACGUUUGAACUUCAGACAGGGAACAUGAGAAUUUCAAGGACAAAUGGUUGGCUGCCCUUAAUUACUGGGGCAUUGCCAUUGUGCU